CUACAGCAGCGACCACUAAAGCAAUGACCACUCGAAGCAACGACCACUACAGCAGCACCAGUGGCCACUACAGUAGCACCAGCGGGCACCACAGGGGCACCUGUGGCCACUACAGCAGCACCAGUGGCCACUACAGGAGCACCAGCCGUCACUACAGCAGCACCAGCGGCCACUACAGAAGCACCAGGGGCCACUACAGCAGCACCAGCGGCCACUACAGCAGCACCAGCGGCCACUACAUCAGCACCAGCGGCCACUACAGCAGCACCAGGGGCCGGGGCACUACAGCAGCACCAGGGGGCACUACAGCAGCACCAGCAGCCACUACAGCAGCACCAGCGGCCACUACAGCAGCACCAGGGGCCACUACAGCAGCACCAGGGGCCACUACAUCAGCACCAGGGGGCACUACAGCAGGACCAGUGGGCACUACAGCAGCACCAGCGGCCACUACAGCAGCACCAGCGGCCACUACAGCAGCACCAGGGGGCACUACAGCGGCACCAGCGGCCACUACAGCAGCACCAGUGGCCACUACAGCAGCACCUGUGGCCACUACAGCAGCUCCAGCGGCCACUACACAAGCGGCCACUACAUCAGCAGAAGUUGCUACAACAAAAGCCCGACCUCAACCCGAACGAAAGAUCGUGCCGUCGGUCCUGACGAUGCAGCGGACUUUUAGAGACGACUUGCGGGACGAAACUUCCCGCGCUUUUCUAGAACUGUCCGUCGCAGUGACAGAGUCGCUUACAGCUGUCCACAUCAGGAUCCGUGGAUUCCUCCAGAUCAUCAUCAUCGGAUUUGUGCCGGGUAGUGUGCAGGCUCGGUACGUGGCGGUAUUUGAUGCGGACCAGGCGGAGCCGGACACUGUCAUCCACCAGCAGGUGCGGGAGAACCUCACGGAGGCCAUCACAGCCGGGAGCUUCAACAGCAGCCUCAACGUCACGGCAGUGCAGCCGACAACCCUGACUGCUGAAGAGCUGAAUAAACUCGCGGCCAGCGGGUCGCCCGUCUGCACGCUGAGGUGUGGGGAGGGGGGCAGGUGUCAGCUGACGGAGAAGUAUCCCGGCGUGCUUAUCGCGGAGUGCGUGUGCGAGCCCGACUACUGCACCGCCGGGACCUGUGACGUCAUCGUCGACCAGGGCCCCAGAUGCACUUGCCCGGCGACCAUGGGCUCCUGGUACCGCGGCGAGCGGUGUGAUCACGUGCUCACACAGGGCCACGUGAUCGCCAUCGCCUUGAGCUGCACAUGCGCAGUGCUGCUUCUCCUUUUCAUGGUGGCUGUCUGCAUGGCCAAGCGGGAGAAAAACGUCUUUAAGGAGAAGAAGGAAGAAAGAUACAGAUAUGCGCCCCCUGGCAUCGUCCUGGAGAACUACAACGUGCACAACCCGGAAGAUGGACAGCAUUUCCCCAGAGCUGCACUGGGCAGGGACGACUACCCGCCAACGGGAUCUGAGAUGGGGCUGUUCCCGGCGAAGUCUCCUCUCUACACUGACUCUAUCCGGGACCGUGGCAAGCCCAGGUGGAACCCGCUCUUCAACAACCUACCGACCGGACAGUUUAAAAUCCCUCGUCCAGCCACUCAGUCAGACAAGGUUUACCCCGAGGAUGAUGACCGCUACUUCCAGAGUUUCGAGAUCGAUUUUUCUCAGCCAGGCGGAGAGGAAACCAAGAUGUAGCGAGAGACUGACAACCCUCCGACUUCCACCAAUUUUAUAUGCUGCAAUAAUACAGGUUUUUUUUACAAAAGUACUGUUACUGUUUUUUCUUAUUAGCCACUCUAUGUAAACAAGAAGCCUAUUGAA